AUGCCUCGCAACGACAAACGUAUCCCUCAGGUGGUCAAGAGCCUGGAAAUCGUCGCCGGUAGAUGGCAGGUUAUGAAAGAAUUGGGCAGAGGUGGUUUUGGUGCUGUUUACGAAGUCCUCGACCUAAAAACGCGGCGUUUGGAAGCCAUGAAAAUUGAAAUAAAAUCGCAGCAGUUCAAAACGCUGAAGAUCGAGGUAUAUGCACUGCGAGAUCUGAAUGAGAUCAAAGCCCGCCACGCAUGCAAGAUUUACGGUCAGGGUACGAAGAACGACUACCACUAUAUCGUCAUGACGGCGGUCGGCCCGUCCAUAAACGGUCUGCUGAGUUCAAUGCGCCCAAAGUUCACAAACGGCCGACCGCACUUUACGCUGCGCACCAGUCUGUUCGUGGGUAUUCAGACCCUUGAAGCGUUGGAAGAGCUACACAAGAUCGGGUACGAGUCUUGGAACGUUUCAACUAUUUUAGGUUACUUUUUUCCUCUGUGCGACCUCAAUGCUCAGACCUUAUAUUUGGCAUCGUUUUACAGCUACAUUCAUCGCGACGUAAAGCCACAUAACUUUGCGAUUGGAAGAGCUCCGAACUACCGUGACAUAUAUUUGCUUGAUUUUGGAAUGUGUCGCAAGUAUGUGAAGAAAGGAAAACCGAGAAGACCUCGGCAAAGAGUGGGAUUUCGUGGAACUCUUUACUACGCUUCGGUCGAUGCUCUGCGAGGACGAGAACAAUCUCGUAAAGACGAUGUGUGGUCGUGGGCAUUCAUGCUUGUCCGAGUGGCUACUGGUAGGGUCCUAUGGUACAAGAUAAACCUUCCAAAAAGUUUGCGAACGAUGGUAAGAGCAAGGGCAUACGCUGAAUGCAAAGUGCAAGUGCUGGGUCGUUUGAAUGAAUUUCUGGAAGGUUGCCCUGCGGAGUUCAAGGAAAUCUACGAACACCUGUCGGUACUGACCUACUACGACAAGCCAAACUACGAUAUGUGCUACAAGGCGUUGAAGGAGGUGAUGAAGCGGAUGAAGUACCAGGAAAGGGAGCCGCUUGAUUGGGAAGUGACCGGCGAGCACCACCAGGAGACGGUCUUAGCACCGGUGCACGACAUGAUGCCUCAGAAGCCGAAAGACGAGGUCACCGGAUCCACACCCCCAGAGCCGAACGCCGAAACGCCAGAGAAAAAGCCAGCCAAAUGA